AUGUUUAUGUGUAGGAUUUUUUCAAUAUUUUGCACAAAUGUAUUGAUCGCAGUGAGUGUAGAACUUAUUUCAGGUGUAAACUGUAUUUUUAAGGAAUCCAGACAUACCUUUCUCACCCCGAAAUUUACUUUCAUUUCUAACAAUUCUACUUUCUCAGCACCUUCCAAUAAGAAUAACCAAAUUAGCUAUAAACAUAAUCUUAAAUGUGACAAAAAAGAAAAAUUUAAGUAUAAUAGUAAAAAUAUAGGAUUCGACAUUGAAUCUGAGAACUUAACAGGAGUGAGUACAACAGAUGACUAUAAAUCAACAUCUGAAAGUCUUGAAAAAGAAAAUGUUGAUUUCAUUGAUAAUCUCAACAAUGUAGCCGGGACUGCAUCACAAGUCGACAGCCCUGAUAAUAAUUAUUUCGACUGGCAAUCCAUAAGAGAUUUGCCCAAUUCCACCAAUUCAACAGUUCCUGCAACAUUAAGUGCCGAGAAUCCUGAGAUUAAGACAGUGGUGAAUAAUUUGGACGGUGAGAGUAGAAAUGAUGUAGAAGAAGGUGAAAAGCCCUUGAUAACAGGUUCAGGACUUAAUAGUGAGUUGAAAGUAGAAGAUUACGAAAUUGGAGUUGAUAACGGUAGAAUUAACGAAUGGCCAGUGGAGUGGGUACCAGGACGCAAAGUCCUCUCAUUCUUCCCAAUCCUCAUUGAUCAAUAUUCAGUUAACCCUAACCCUAUACAAAUCGGAUUUGAAGAUACUAUACGCUUUAGAGGAAAACAUGUUGAAAGUACAUUUAACUCCAUUUUAGAUAAUCUUAAUGAUAAACAGAUAUUUGGGCUAUGUUUUUUGAGUCCUGAAUCGAUGCAACUGGCGCCUUUGGCAGUGUAUGCUCAACUUAUCUCUAAGGAAACUGUGGUUGACGGUUCAGGCGAGAACCUGUUGGUAACUGGAAGAGUGCUAGGCAGAGCAUUAAUAAACAAAGUUAUACUGGAUGAACCAUUUAUUAAGGCUUUAGUGUCCCCUUACGAGGAUGAACCAGCACUUCAUGACGCUGAUAACAUUCCAAAGAUCGUGGACGAAAUUGUUAACUUGUACGACAGCUGUAACACAGUUGAAGCCGAGAUUAUGCAACUCCUACAGCAACCUUAUGCACACUUGAGGGUUAAAAACAGAACCAAACUAAUGGACAUCAUUGACGAUAGACUAAACAAAUUCAAUAUCAAUAAUAAUGUGAAUCAGGGGUUCGCCCAGAUCGCAGCCUACGCAGCCUUUGACUACCAUCUCAAUGCUUCAGAACGUUACGACGCAUUGGCUAUGCAAAACACCGAAGACAGACUCAGAUUCGUGAGAGAUACACUCAAAUUCAAGGCAAAGCAGCUUGGAAUUGUCAAAAACUCACCCAAAGAUAGGCUUGAGGAUCUAGUCAAACACCUCAAAAACUUUCAAAAUGAUCGAGAUUCCUUGUAUUCAAUCGAUUCACUAUCGGAAGCCCCAAACGCUGAAAAUGUUACCGCAAAUUCAAAUUCACAAUAA